AGCGAUGCGGAUCUCUUGGCAAGCUUGGCACAGGUGAACACUGUGUGUUUUAAUGCGGCUGAACGCAAACAUAGAUGGCUAGGAACAGAGAACGGCAGCCGUAUGCCCAUGCUGACAUGGGAGGGGAUGAUGCCGGGGGAGCAGGGACCCUGACAAAGGUUUGGGGAUUGUGGUGGAGAUGCUGCCCCCCGCGGCCAGCUGAAGGGGCGGAGAGCGAGGGCGGUCGCCCUGACGCCGGGAUCCUGAGUUGCCGUGCCGACCGGGGGUUCCUGCGAAACCCCAGAGGAAGGGGACGUCCUGGGCCGGUCCUGCUGGCGGCUGAGCUCCCAAGGUACCAUCCCAGCCGGGCUCCAGAGAGCACCCGCCAGGCCGGGGAGGGACUGGCCCCCGGGGGCACCUGCCAGGCCUCAGAGCCGCCGGCCGCCCCGCCAUGCCCGCCAAGACCCCCAUCUACCUGAAGACCUCGACGCCGAAGCGGGGCCGGAAGCUGCGGCUGCGGGACGUCCUGUCGAGCGACAUGAUCAGCCCGCCGCUGGGGGACUUCCGGCACAGCGCCCACAUCGGGCCGGAGGGCGAGGGCGACAUGUUCGGGGAACUCUCCUUCCUGCAGGGCAAGUACGACCUGCUGCCCCCCCUGGGCCGCCGCCUGGCCUCGCAGAGCGCCCAGGCCGUGGGCCACGAGCCGGCCCGGGGCCCCGCUGCCAGCGGCUACCGCAGCCUGCUCAAGAGCGCCGUCUCCCUGCCUGUCUUCAGCGGGGCGCCGAGCCCGGAGCAGGCGCCCCCCAAGCCGCCCCGGCUGCACCUGGAGGAGCUGCCCAGCAGCCAGCGCUCCAUGUCCGUCAGCUGCGGUGAGGGCUGCUUCCACAGCGGGCAGGGCCUGCCCUUCUCCCUCCCACACUACGACCAGCUGCCCUCCUCCAUCUCCUUCUCUGCCGCCUCCUCUGAGGGCUCCUUCCCGGGCCGCUGGGGCCUGGGCUACGGCGCCCGGGCUGGCACGGACACCCAGGAGCCCCCGUGCUCCCCAGGGGCCUCUGUCCCGCGCUCCGAGUCCCUGCUGGGGCUGGACCUGGACCUGGGCCCCUCCAUCCUGGACGACGUGCUGCGGAUCAUGGAGGAGUACAAGCUGCCGGGCGCCAAGGCCCCGUAAAUCCGUCCUCCACGCCAUGGAGGCUCCUUGGCCUGGCAGCCCCCCCACGCCCACCUGUGGGGGUGCUGCCCUCUCAGAGAACGCCCUGACCUCUGUGCCGCCCACGGCCUGGGCCCAGAAGGGGCACCGUGGCUCGAGCAGCCUGGGGUCUGUGGGGAGCUCCCCAGCCUGCUGGGACUGGCCCCCAGAGGGGACCGAGGGGCACGGCUUAGCCCCUGACCCAGCGCGGCUCAGGAACCGGCCUUGGGGGUCGCCUGGCUGGAGGGGAACCCAGCGCACAGACACUCCCUCCAGCUCCGGCUGUCCAGCAAUACCAGCUGGACUUCAGGAAGUUUCAGGCCCUCAGCGCUCCCUGCCCGGCUCUGCCCUGGGGCGGGCUUGGCUCAGGGCCGGCGAGGAUAUGGGCUGAGCCGUGCGCUGAGCCCCGGGCUCCUCGUUCUGCGGCCCCACCGCUGCGUUUUCCUGCAGCUGGAGACUUGCGGGCCCCGUGAAAC